CAAAAAGAGGAACAUUGGCAGCAGAUGUUAGCUCAGGGCUGAUCUUCCUCCAAAAAAAAAAAAAAGAGAACUUUGAACUGUGCCUCGUCUAGCUGGAGGUUGAGUUCCAUCUACAAGUGUACAUUUUAACUUACUCAAAUGAGCAUUUAUCCCAGAAGCAUCCGGAUGAUAUUCUUACUUUGUUUUUAGCAGGAGAAACUACUUUUUCCAUUGAAAAUAUGUGGAAAAUCUCAGAUAAAAGCAGUCAUUCAAGUUGAGAGAGAGGACGUGCCCUUCUUUCCCUUGCACCACUCUACCCUGAACCCUGUUUCAGCCCCAGAGAAACCUCCCUACGCUGCCUAACACCAUUCAAAGACCCUGCUUUACAUUACUUUUAUGAGCAAGAAAGGGAAGUAGCAAGCAUUGCCUUUUAUUGUAGGUGAGAAACUAGAAAACUGAAGAAAAGACUCAUUUGUUUUAGGUACGAAUAAUUUAGGAAUCCAGCUGAUAAUAGAACAGAGGUUUCCAAACUCCGCAGCAGUCAGUGCUGUUUCUAUUAUCUCAUCCUCGUCCCAAUUUUAAAACAAAUAAAAUUUGUUUAAGAGAGAACAUAAUACUUAGUUCCUACAGUUCCUUUCAACAGACAUUUGUUAACUGCCUAGUACGUGCAAAACAGUUAAGACUAGCUUAGUAAACAUUGACUCACUUUUAUAGACGAAAAGGGAUAAUAAACCAUCCCAAAGCAUCAGUAUUAAGCUGCUAAUGAGGAGCUUGCUUUGUGAGACUUCAAAAUUACAAGUACAAGAAGGAGGUUAUGUGGGUUCCAAUGCUUGUUCAGACCCAAGCUAAACCUCUAGGCACAAGAAGCCCUUCGUAGCACACAGCUGCUUUACAAAGCCUGCCGUCCAGACUGAACAGGCGAACUGGGGGAGCAUGUGAGAAUAGAGGCAGCAGCUAAGAAACUGCAGUGUUUUGCAGGUUCCUUUCUACUCCAUUUUGUGUUUGAAGAUUAUUUUAUGUACAUCUUCAGCUCUUUGCUUUAAACCACCUGAAAUCAAAGCCAGGGUAAUUGAAAGGUUAUUAGGGGUCUAUGAAUCAUCUUUGGAAAAAGUAGGUUGUAAAUGAGGGUUUUGAGACUCACUUCAUAUCCCCAUCUAGAGGAAGCAGAAGAAAACAAUUCAUGACACAGGAAUUUGGCCAGCUCCCAAAAGCCGGGGAUCAGUUGGCAGUAGGAACCUGAAGGAGGUCUCUUCAUCCAAAUGGCCCCAUAGACUAGGAGAUGUUUCUACAUCUUCCCACCUCUCCCAGAGUCUUAAAGUUCCUAAGUUUAGAUCUUUGUUUUCCUGUCAGAAAGAAGUUGUGGUUGAAAUAAGUAGGGGAUAAGGUAGGGGCUGUAACUGAGGAGAGAGGUGUUGUGUGGAGUGCUGCCAAGUUUCAGGCUGUGCUAAGCAUUUCAGGAUAAGACUUGAUUUUUUUUUUUUUACAUGUUCUGUUGCAUUAAAAAGAAAACUUUUGUUAGCUGUGCUGAGAUUCACGUGGUGGGAACUGGGAUGGGAACUUUGAUUUCUGGAGUAGCUGGGGAUUGUGCAUUGGGUGUAAUAGCUAACUCCAAGAAACCUUAAUGGAGUAGACUGGAAGCUUUUGUGAUUUUCCACACAGUUUAGGGAGAAUGUAGCUCUUAUUUUAGUCAGAGGGUAACAGGCACACCUGCUUCUGUGUGAGAGUCCUUUCCUCAUAUUCUCAAAACAUUCAAGUCAACCAGGAGUUUGUUCCUUUCUUGGUGAAGAGCUCUGUUCUCUGGAGGCAGAGUUGUUCAUUGAGAGCCAAUUAUGACUUGUGUGCACGCAGUCUAUGAUAUUCCAGUACUAAGAGUCAUUGGCUACAUUGGUAUCACAAAUAUGCCAUUGCUAGACUUCAUUGUGUUUGUUAUAGUUCAUGUAAUUUUCAGACUGAGCUAAAUAUAAACUUAAAACCUUCCUCCAAAACUUUGUACUUAGUAAAUUCACCAGUUUUUUGUGUAUAAGUAAGUGUGGAGGGAGAUAGGAUGCUGGCAGCACAGAAUCACCACUGUGCCUUGGGGGAACUUGAAGUUGGUUUGCAAUGUGAUGCCAAUUGGAAGACUAUUGGCUAAUAGGUCAGAAAAUAAGUACUUCACUUCCAAACCAAAGUUUCAAUAAGGUUGUCUUCAUUUCUGUGUUAGGCAGUUCAGUCCAAGAUGUAGGCAGCUUGGAGAUUAUCAACUCAAGGGUGGGGCCUGUUAUUUCUACCUUUAGAUUCUCAUGUCUAAAUAAAAGAGUUUUAGUUCCUAUAGCCAUGUCUUAUAGAGGCUGACUUCUCUUUGGUGCCUCUUUUAUGACUCUACUGUUUUUUCAACCUUCUUUGUUUAAAUGUGAUGAGCCUCCUCCCAAAUAUUUAGUAAUUACAAAGGGAAAAAUAGUAAGUUUACAGUGGAGCCUUCUGGCAGACACCAUCUUAACCAGGUGAUCUAGGUUCAUGUUGCCAGGAAUACAUACAACAGCAUGUAUUUCCUGAUAUGAUGAGCACAUCAGACAAAUCCAAGUGAAGGCACAUUCUACAAAACAACUGUCCAGUACCCUUCAAAAUUGUCAAGAUCAUGAAAAACAAGGAAAAAAUGAGAAACAGUCGCAAGUGGGAGGAGACAUAUAACUAAAUGCUUUGUGGGAUCCUGGAUUGGGUCCUGAAACCAAAAAAAAAGACAUUAGUGGAAAGAAUUGGUAAAAAAAAAAAAUAAUUUCUGUACUUUGGUUAAUAGUAUUCUACCAAGGUUAAUUUCUUUGUUUGUUAAUUCUUCUAUGGUUAUGUAAGAUGUUAACAUAAGAGUAAGAUGAGUGAAGGAUAUAUGAAAAUUCUCCAUACUAUUUUUGCAACUCUUCUGAAAGUUUAAAAUUAUCUCAAAAUAAAACAUUUUUUUAAAUAUAGUAGCCCAAAUUGGACCUACUAUUUCAAUAAGGGUUAUUUAAAAAUUACUCUCCUGAGUAAGAUAGGAAGAGUAUUUCCUACAGUUGGUCUUAUUCACUUUAAUUUUUUAGUUCUUUUGUUAUUAUAUAUUGAAUAGAUAAAAAGUUUUCAACAAAUGUGUAAGUUGUAAAGAGUAGCAAUAACAUGAGCACAAAUAUAGCUUGAAGCUCUCACUGUGCUUUUCUCCAUCCCGUCCCCCCAACCUCUACCCUAAAUUUUGUAUUUUUCAUUCCCUUGCUUCUCUUUGUAGGUUUACCUUGAAAGUAUGUAUCCCUAAUCAUAUAGUUUUGCAUGAUAUUUAACUUUAUGUAAAUAGAAUGACACUAUUUGUAUUCUUUGGCAAUUUGUCUUUUUCCCUAAAUGUUCCUGAGAUUUAACCAACGUUAAUGUGUGUAACUGUAGUUCACUCAUUUUCACUACUUUAUAGCUUUCCACUGUAUGAACAUGCCACAACUUGUUUCUCUACUUACCGUUAAUAGCCAUUUGGUUGGUUUCCAGUUUUGCUGUUAAUGAGCGGUGCUACUGCAGUCAUCCUUGUUAAUAACGUAUCUGGAGAGUUUUCCUUGGGCAUAUAUCUAAAAAUGGACUUGCUGGGUUAUAAGGUAAAUGAUCCAUCGACUUUACUAGAUAGGGCCAAAUUGUUUUCCAAAGGAUUUGUCCAAUUUUUAAUACCACCAACAGUAUGGAAGUAUACCAGUGGCUCUACUUUCUAACACAAUAUUAUUAGACUUUAAAUUUUUUACUAAUCUGUUGGGCAUGUAUGUUAAAAUUCUAAAACAUUGCCAUUUGUUGAUUGACUACUUUGUGUCAAGCACUGUGGCAGACAUUUUCAUACAUUUAUUUAAUCCUCUAACAGCUCUUCUUCUCAGCUCCAUAAUUACUGUCCGGGUCCUGGCCCUGUAGGGACCGACCAGGCCACAGGCAGGGACUUCCGGGGGACACCCCAUGCUGCUGGGGUCCAGCAAUUUCCAAAAAAGAUGCCUGGUGCCCUGAAUCCCAGUCUCGUGGAAAUUCCUCAGCCUUGUCUUCUCCGACAGUGACAGGAGUCAGCUCAUGAGAAACACCUGGGAGUGCUUCUCCCUCCCUCUCAGAGGGCUAAAUUCCAUGGAAAUAUAGUUGGUACUACUCUGCAAUGUCUCUAUUUGAAAGCCAAAGCGAGAACAGACAAAGUGGAGAACCAGAGAGAUGUCUGCAAGCCAACAACAGAGAAUUCAAUACUCUAUUUGGAUAUCCCAAUAAUACCAUCAAGACCUCAAAAUAUAAUGUCCUUAACUUCUUGCCCCUGAACCUGUUUGAACAGUUCCAGAGACUUGCAAAUGCGUAUUUCCUCAUUUUGCUAUUCCUACAGUUGAUUCCCCAGAUCUCCUCCUUGGCAUGGUACACAACUGUGAUACCACUGAUGGUGGUGCUGUCCAUAACAGCAGUGAAAGAUGCCAUCGAUGACCUGAAAAGGCACCAAAAUGACAAUCAAGUCAACAACCGUUCUGUUCUGGUGCUGACAAACGGCAGGAUGAAAGAGGACAAAUGGAUGAAUAUCCAAGUGGGAGAUAUAGUAAAAGUAGAAAAUAAUCAGUCUGUCACGGCUGAUAUGCUGUUACUCUCUAGCAGUGAGCCUUACAGUCUGACAUAUAUAGAAACAGCAGAACUGGAUGGUGAAACCAACCUGAAAGUGAAGCAGGCCAUCUCAGUCACCAGUGACAUGGAAAAUAAUCUAAAGCUGCUGUCUGCCUUUGAUGGAGAAGUGAGGUGUGAGUCUCCCAAUAACAAGUUGGACAAAUUCGCAGGAAUACUGACUUAUAAGGGAAAAAACUACAUCCUGGACCAUGACAAGCUGCUGCUCCGAGGCUGCGUCAUCAGGAACACAGAUUGGUGCUAUGGCUUGGUAAUUUAUACAGGGCCAGACACUAAAUUAAUGCAGAACUGUGGAAAGUCCACCUUUAAACGGACACACAUAGACCAUCUCAUGAAUGUCCUUGUGCUCUGGAUUUUCCUGUUUCUAGGCAGCAUGUGUUUUAUCCUAGCAGUUGGGCAUGGCAUUUGGGAGAAUAAGAAAGGCUACUACUUCCAGAAUUUUCUGCCAUGGAAAGAAUAUGUCUCUUCGUCAGUUGUGUCUGCCAUCCUCAUGUUCUGGUCCUACUUCAUUAUUCUCAACACCGUGGUGCCCAUUUCCCUCUAUGUCAGUGUUGAGAUAAUAAGAUUGGGCAACAGUUACUAUAUCAACUGGGAUCGGAAGAUGUUUUAUGCACCAAAGAACACACCAGCACAAGCUCGCACCACCACCCUUAAUGAGGAACUCGGCCAGGUCAAAUACGUGUUCUCUGACAAAACAGGGACCCUGACUCAGAACAUCAUGAUUUUCAAGAAGUGUUCUAUUAAUGGGACAUUGUAUGGUGAUGUCUAUGAUAAGAAUGGACAGAGGGUAGAAGUUUCCGAGAAAACAGAAAAGGUCGACUUUUCCUACAACAAACUGGCUGAUCCUAAGUUUUCAUUUUAUGACAAGACUUUGGUGGAAGCAGUGAAAAGGGGAGAUGGCCGGGUGCACUUGUUUUUCCUCUCGCUCUCAUUGUGUCAUACUGUGAUGUCAGAAGAGAAAGUGGAAGGUGAGCUGGUGUACCAGGCUCAGUCCCCAGAUGAAGGUGCCCUGGUCACUGCUGCCAGGAACUUUGGCUUUGCAUUCCGUUCUCGCACAUCUGAGACAAUCACGGUAGUCGAGAUGGGGGAAACCAAAGUCUACCAACUGCUGGCUAUCUUGGACUUCGACAAUGUGCGCAAGAGGAUGUCUGUUAUUGUGAGGACACCUGAAGAUCGGGUAAUGUUGUUCUGCAAGGGUGCAGACACCAUCGUUUGUCAGCUGCUUCAUCCAUCCUGUAGAUCCCUCGGAGAUGUGACCAUGGAACAUUUAGAUGCAGACAGGGCCUGUGAGGUCAGCCCAAGCCUACUCAGUGCACACACACAUGUCUUCCAGGAUUUUGCCAUCGAAGGUCUUCGUACCCUCAUGGUGGCCUACCGAGAACUGGACAAUGCGUUCUUCCAGGCCUGGAGCAAGAAGCACAGUGAAGCCUGCCUGUCUUUGGAGGAUCGUGAAAAUAAAAUAUCAAAUGUCUCUGAAGAGAUUGAAAAAGACUUGAUGCUGUUAGGGGCCACAGCCAUAGAAGACAAGCUGCAGGAUGGUGUACUUGAGACAAUCAUCACCCUGAACAAAGCCAAAAUUAAAAUGUGGACUUUAACUGGAGAUAAGCAAGAGACUGCUGUGAACAUUGCCCAUGCCUGUAACAUCUUUGAGGAUGAAAUGGAUGAGAUAUUUAUCGUGGAAGGCAAGGACGAUGAGACUAUUUGGCAAGAACUCAGGUCAGCAAGGGCCAAGAUGAAACCUGAGUCUCUACUGGAAUCAGACCCAGUAAACAGUUACCUCACCAUGAAGCCCAAAAUGCCCUUCAAAAUACCUGAGGAGGUGCCCAAUGGCAACUAUGGCUUGGUCAUCAAUGGCUACAGUUUGGCCUAUGCUCUAGAAGGGAACCUGGAGUUGGAACUGCUACGAACGGCAUGCAUGUGCAAGGCGGUGAUCUGCUGUCGGAUGACACCCCUUCAAAAGGCCCAGGUGGUAGAGCUGGUGAAGAGGUACAAGAAGGUGGUGACACUGGCCAUCGGGGAUGGGGCCAAUGACGUCAGCAUGAUCAAAGCUGCCCACAUUGGGAUCGGCAUCAGUGGCCAGGAGGGAAUGCAGGCUAUGCUCAACAGUGACUACGCCUUCUGCCAGUUCCACUAUCUUCGGCGUCUACUCUUGGUUCAUGGCCGCUGGUCCUAUAAUCGCAUGUGCAAGUUUCUCAGCUACUUCUUUUACAAAAACUUUGUCUUCACCCUGGUACACUUCUGGUAUGCCUUCUUCAGCGGGUUCUCUGCACAGACAGUUUAUGAUACCUGGUUUAUCACUUUCUACAACCUGGUCUACACCUCCCUCCCUGUCCUGGGCUUGAGUCUGUUUGACCAGGAUGUGAAUGAAACAUGGAGCCUGCGUUUCCCAGAGCUGUAUGAGCCAGGCCAGCACAACCUCUAUUUCAACAAGAAGGAAUUUGUAAAGUGUUUAGUGCAUGGGAUCUAUAGUUCCUUUGUGCUAUUCUUUGUCCCCAUGGGGACUGUUUACAACUCAGUGCGCAGUGAUGGGAAGGAAAUCUCCGACUACCAGUCCUUCUCCCUGAUAGUGCAGACCUCCUUGCUUUGGGUGGUCACAAUGCAGAUCGCCCUGGAGACAACCUACUGGACGAUGAUAAGCCACUUCUUCAUCUGGGGUAGUCUGGGUUUCUACUUUUGCGUCUUAUUCUUCCUGUACAGUGAUGGCUUGUGCCUAAUGUUCCCCAACGUCUUCCAAUUCCUAGGUGUGGCCAGGAACAUUCUGAAGCUGCCACAACUGUGGCUGAGCCUUGUUCUCAGCGUGGUCCUCUGUAUGUUGCCUGUGAUUGGGUACCAAUUUCUCAAACCACUAUUCUGGCCUGUCAGUGUGGACAAGGUUAUUGACAGAAUUCAUCACUGUAUGCGACAUCCACUGCCGCCCCCCAUCCGGACCAAAGUGAAACAUGCAAGCUCCCGACGUUCUGCCUACGCGUUCUCCCACAAACAGGGCUUUGGGGCCCUCAUCACUUCUGGCAAGACAAUGAAGGGCAAGCCCAAGAAAAGCAGCCUUUUGAAAAAGUAGAGGCCUUUAGGGAAACCUCAAAGGAGUCAGUCCCUCCCUUGUGUUCCUACAACUUAGUAAGGAGGGAUUCGAGACCCUGGGAAACCCGCCUAAACCUGCUUCUCCAUUCUCGCUCCAGGGUCACAGUCUCUCCAGUCCCUAGAAGGCUGUGGCCAGGUAAGGCGAGGAAAGAGGAAGAAAGAGCCCCCAGAUAUCUGUCAGAGUUGCAGCAUUUCAAGAAAAAGUGACAUUAGGCCUCCCUUCUACCAACCCUUCCAAGUUUUAAUCCAGACAAGCAAAUGUGGAAGUAAUGGGUAAAGAGGGGCAGUGUGAGGAAGGGAAAAGAAGAUAGGACUAAGCAUCUUAGGUUGGACCCUGUUUCCCAUACCCAGAGCAACCAUAAACCUUUCCAGGGCCCCACAUAGACACAUCCCCACCGAGGCACCCUUCUCAGGUUUAUCUGGGGACUCAGGGCGAGUCUUUUGCUGGCCCUGGGUUGCAAAAGGAGGCAGCUAUGAAAAGUUGGUUGUAAGAAGAUGAAGGAGAGUUUCUGGACCAAAAAAAAAAAAGGAAGUGGUUCCUGCCUUGAUAGGACAGCUCAAGAUUUUGCCUUCUUCCCCUCUCUUUGACCCCUUUCACCCAAGAACUGAUGCAGAACUGAGAGGGGGAGACUGCAGGGGAUUUUUAAAAAUCUUUCCUUGAAGGGACAUAAGCCAUGAUUGCUGAACACUUGUCUUCAUUCCAUAAAAUUAUUUUGAGAAGAAAUUGUAUGUACUUGGGAAAUUAUUUCUAAGAAGUUUAUAGAGUAAUAAAUUGCUUAUUUUGAAGUGGA